AUGGCCAAUCGGCUAGUGCCAGAAGCUGCACUAAAGCGGAACCUCCAAGGAUGGAUGAUAUUUUUCAUUGUUAUUAGUUCUGUGAUCGGCGCAGGCGUGUUCAACAACGGUGGAUCAGCAAUCAAAGUUGCAGGUCCUGCAGGUGCUCUUGUUGCCCUGCUAGUAAUGUGCGUUAUCGCAAUUUGUGUUGCGGAAUGCAUCAGCGAGCUUGUACAGCUCUUCCCUGCGCCAAACGCCAUCGUUGAGUACAUUCGACACCUUAUCGAUGAGGAUUUUGGCUGGGCUAUUGGCGUUGCUUAUUGGCUUACGUACUCAUCGAUAUUCGCUGCUCAAAACAUGAUGGCUGCAAGGUUGAGUGAGUACUGGGGAGAGAAGGAAGGACAAGUCUGGCGACCCAUAAUCUUCUACUUUGUUGCGCCUUGUAGCAUGCUCGGGAUUAAUAUGUUUGGUGUCAAACUUUUUGGCUGGAUCGAAGCGAUCGGUGGUAUUCUGAAGAUCACUUUAGUCUUUUUCACCACCAUCGUCAUGUUUGCCAUGAAGAUUGCAAUGGGGAGUAACAAUCUCCAAGCUGGAUUUCAACACGAGCAGAACAAACCUGAUGCUACUGUAUACACUACUAAUAAUCUCGCUGCUAUCUGUUACGUUAUCCCUAUCGUUGCUUUUGGUUUCAUCGGCAUUGAAGCAGUUGCAGUUACGGCGUUCGAAGCUGCGCCUGAAUCACUACGGAGGCCUUCCAAGUUCAUUGCAUACUUUGCGUCAAUCUUGUACUUGGUAUGCAUGCUCAGCCAGACCUUCAACGUUACUUGGAAGCACCAAGAUCUGCCUGAAAUUUACAGUGGCAUUGGUGAGGUCAAUAAGAGGGCCGAAGACAACACCGAUCCUGCACCCGUGACAACAAUACUCGCGGUCAUAGCCGUCCGAGAAUGGGAAAAGUUUCCACUGGCUGGGUUCUUGAAUGGGGCCAUCAUCUUUAGCGUACUUUCCGCUAGCAACACCGCUUUGUACAUUGCAUCGCGUACACUUUACGGCAUGGCGUUCCGGAUGGACGAUCGCGGCCUUGCCAAGAAGCUUCGACACUUCUCCAAAAUAGAUCGUACUACGGGGGUACCACUCCCUGCUUUGUUCGCGUCGUGGAUAUCAUUUAUCUGGGUUCCCUUUUUGAGCCUAGCUAAGGACGGCUAUGUGAGAUAUACUAUUGAAAUCAUACAAACAGCCUCAAGUGUUGGUUGCUUAAUUGUCUGGAUCGCGUUGACUUUUGCAUAUCUGCGAUAUUGGUACUGGCAGAGGAAAUUUGACGAUAAGUUGGGUCGUAGUGCUGCAUACAAAAAGUAUCAAAGAACCCUCGAUACGUACAGUCCCCACACGACGCUCAUUUCUCUCCACCCCUUACCCGCCAUAGUGGGCUUUGUGGGCUGCUUAGUCGUCUUUGCGUUCUGCAGCGCCACAUGGUGGUAUACGGAAGCCACUGUGGAGAAGGUGUUUAUCGCCUAUGCAGCACAAGUCAUUGUGGUCACCAUAUUCCUGGUUUUGAAGGCGAUGCGAUACUUUCGAACCGGCACUUUCAAGUCUCAACGGAUCGACCGGGGUAGCUUUGCUGGUUAUCUUGAGAGGCUGAAUGAUCUCCAGAGACAUGUCAAGAAGUCAUCCACCAACACGUCGACCCCAAGUGAUCAGUCUUCAACGCAUUCAACGACAACAAGAGACCAAGCGAUGGGAUAUGAGCUCGAUGAGAAUUUGGUUAGUAAUAGACGGGAAUAG